GAACUAGAGCAACAAGCAGGCGAUUACCGCAAGAAAGGCCAAGAACAGAAGAUCAGCUUCCAACUUCUCCCGGCGGUGCCAUUUUAGACUCUCAUGUCACUGCAUGGCAAACUGCUGCGGACAACCUUUUAUCAGCUGGACGCUCUGAAGCGCCUUCACGUGUCCUCUCGGCUGUCAAAGGCGUCGUGGACGCUGUUUCCGCCAUUCUCGAAGAUGCUCGCAAUUAUGAUCUUCGACUACGACCCAGAACCGAGCAACCUAUUGACGAUGCCAUGAUCGACAACCUGUGUGAAAGAACGCAGGCUACCCUGAGUAACCUGGUUACUGCAUCAAAGACCCACGCAACCAGCUAUGGUUUAUCGCCAGUCAGUCUGUUAGACGCGGCUUUGAGCCACGUCUCGGCUAGUGUCACAGACCUUGCCAAGCUGCUCCUAGUCAAGCGGGGACCGCGAGACUUUGACGACGAUAUGCACAAUGGUGCAACCAAUGGAAGGUCUGGAACUCUAGGUGUUCCGACUGAAUCGUUUGGCAGACCUAAUAUGAUGAAUCGGGAUCCCCGAUUUGGGGGUCAUUCUGAGCAGUCGAGUUCAAUCUCGAGCUCUGCUCCUACGGUUUUCGAUGAACCUUCGAGACGACGAGGUCCAAUUAGUGAGGAAUCACCACCAUCAUCUGCUGGGCAAAAUGAUUGGAAUGAGCUCAAGGUGC